CGUCAGCUUGCAGCUGAUUAUUUGUUUACAUUUGUUCAUGCACAUAAAUUUACUGAUAUUUUGAAAUAUGAAUAAAAGUUGGAAUACAAGAAAAAAAAAUAUAUAUAUUGCACUAAAUCGAACUGCGCAUUGAGGCAUUUCUAUGUGAUAUUUGCACAUAAUUUGUGCUAUAAUGUAAACAAUAUAUCCAAAAAUAUUCAACUUAUAAAAUAUAUGCACAUAUGUACAUACACAAAUAUGGAACAGCUAUACAUAUGCUCGCUGGAGCUGGAAGUGCUUCAACGCAAUUAGUACAGAAAAGUGUUAAAAAUUAUAUUUUUUACCAAAAAACAAAAAACGAUAAAGUCAAAAAUGCUCUGCAAAAAUUGGUUUAAACCUAAAACUUCUAAAUUUGAUGAUAAAGGAUUUGAACAAAUUUGGCCAACAUAUGGUGCGCAUAUUACACUCACCGAAGUCGGCAAAGCAUUAUUGCAUAAAUCGGUAAAUUUACAAAAACCCGAUAUAAGUGAUAUUGAUGUAGAGCGAUUUAUAGCGAAAUCAUUAAGCUUCCCAAUCAAGUUUGGUCGCGAUACAUGUCGUGUAAUGAGUCAACCAAAGGAACGUUAUGAAGAGAUUAAAAAACAAAUCGCUUCUGCUUAUCCGAUAAUACACGAACGUGUUGUUGGUUUAUAUUUGGCAUUCUUGGAGCAUAAAUGCAAAUAUGGCAAUGAACUGGAACGCGCAAUUUAUGUGAACAUGACUAUUAUGGAUCUCGUACAACGUUUACUUGAGAAACGUUGUGUGUCCUUUGUAGGUCCACUCGAUGACUAUCUGCUGUUGCAGGGUAGAAAAACUCUGGCAAAUUUCUUUGAUGUGGGCACCGUCGAUGAGAAACCACCGUUGUUAUUAAAAGAUGUUUUAAGUUAUGAUGAGAUAAAGCUUUCCGCUUUUCUCUCAGUAUCAUCACAUACUGAAUUUUUAAACAAUGGCAGACGUUUCAAUUGCGGCAUCAUUGAAGCGGACAAAUCAAAAAUCGAAAUUGAAGGUGUUAUUAUUGGCAUAAUCGGUGGACGCUUCGAGGCAGAAGAUGUAAUGGAGUGGCAGGAUAUAAUGAUAACACCAAUGCAGAAUACGAAGCAACGUGGUUAUGGUUAUACGGCGAAAGCAGCGAAGAAAGCCAAAAAUUGCAAAGUUGACUACCGACAAUUGUGGAUACGUUUUUACGAAGAACAAGAUUUGCUUUACGAUAAAGUAGAAAACACAACUUCGCCACGUUUUUAUAAAAAUGUCGUUACACGUUAUAUUUUUGACAAUUUGUUGAUGAAAAAACGUUACGCCAUAACAUUUGAUACACUGCUGUUGGAGGCGGAAGCGCGUGGUAAAGCUGCUGGCAGACAAGUGUAUCUGCAUGUGGUUGGUAUUGGUUUGGGCGCCUGGCGCGCUGUGCAGCAACAAGAUAAAAUAUUUUUGCAAACGUUUAAAGAGCGCAUGCAAGAGCUGCUAUUGUGUCUUACACAUAUUUCGGUGGUACACUUCUCAAAUUUCAGACCAUCCGCUGCGAAAGAUAUCAUAACGGAUAAUGCUAAGACUGUGGCGGCAAAUCAUCCUAACGGUGGUAUACAAACGUUUGUGCAUGAUCGUUAUCCAGCGCAGAAAUUGCCGCCGGCAUUUGAAAAUAUGUUAAUAGUUGAGUCGUACGCCUGGGAUGGUAAUGCAUUGCCAGGAAAUGAAUUUUGGAAGGGCGCUCUCACCAGUUCCGGUGAUCCUGCUGCUGCUUGCAGCACUUUAAUUGCAGAACUACAUAACCCCCAUAUUAACACAAGUAUGGUGAAUGGCGUAAAUUUGCAUGUGGCCACGGAGCGCUACGGUGUCUUACAUAUAGCUGAGUACGCCAAGAAAAUAUUAGCUUAGCUUAUAGCACUUGAUUCAUUUGUGCUAAUAAGCAUUUUUCAUUACUUUAACGUAGUAAAUAUUACAAUUGGCAUUUCUAUUAUACUUAUACACCGAAACUAUACAUUUAUUAUACUUAAUUUUACUUUGUACUACAAUUUAAAGUUUUAACACGCACGACCGACGCGAUCAACGCGAAAUCAAAAUCACUAAUGGCGUUUUAAUUUGCAUAUGGCGGUUAUUUUAUUGGCGUCCAUCUCCGGCAUAUUUUCUUAAGAGUUGGAUACACUGCGCGACUUUUAGCGAGCUUAUUUCGCAAAUAUACACUUACGUACCACAAAUCAGCAGUUAUUGUUUAUUAAGAAUUAUUUUACCAUUUUUAGAUAAUGAAAUUAUUACAUAAAUAUUUCUAUUACUGUGAGGAACCGGAAAACAUGUACCUAAUUUGCUCCAAUUAAUUGCUUCCGGCUACCCUAAAACUCUUUACUUUGCGCCAAUAGUUGGCAACGCAUAUACACAGCUGUUUCA